GCGAGAGGUGACGACGUCCGUAUCCAUUGAAACUGUGUCGGGGUCAGGAGGUCCCGUGCCUUCCACUUCAUGCGAAAUAAACGAACGACACCACCAUCAGCUUUGUGAUAUGCGCCAAUGCAACUUCCUGUUUUAUUGUUUUUGUCAUGCUCGGGAAUUCUCAUUCUGUUAUUUAUUUGGUCAUGCGCAAGAAUGUGCAGAACGUGUCGCGCGUUUCGCAAUUAUCCGGGAAACAAGUCUUGUUGCCCUAGUCCGAAAUGAGACCCGGACGCGGUUGCGCGGUUGAUAUUCAGCAUCAAGCUCCGGUGAGGAAACGCGGCCGACGAACGGCUUCGCCGCGGGUGGCCUAUUCGCAGGAAACACGGCUGUACCAAACGCGUCGCAGACGCUGAGAGCACCGAAUGCACGCGUCGCCACGGGUAGCAAGCGGCAGCACCACGAAUACAACAUCUACAAUGGCAACGAGUUUAUCAGGGUUUGUGCGAGUAGUACGAACGGGGUCACGCGGGUAGGCAUAGCGGAGGACAUGAAGUCAUAUCUUGAGUCUUGCGCAACGGGGGCUUGGUUUUUUCAGAUCUUGAAAAGCUGGCUGGGGAAGUUGUUGGGGAGGCCACCCUAUCGUUAGUGGGUUCACCCCCUUUUCAUCUUCUUGCCUCACCUAUUUCGCUUCUUUUAGUUAUCGCCCCGGCCCUUUGCUUUUUUUUUUUUGUCUAUCUUCCCCGCCCCUUAGAGUGGCUUGGCCACGGAAGGGCGUUGGCAGAGUAGCUUGGUAGGCGUUUCGGACAAUGUUUUUUCCCGGGCUGGAUGUGUUGCCCUGAAACGUAGGUCCUUGGGCAAAAUAUUUCUGCCCGGAGGGGGGCUGCCAGAACAUUUCGGCCGAAAGGGGGUCGGCGGUUGAGGAAAUGUUUUUGUGCAAGGAUGAUGGGCACUAAGAAAAUGCUCUUUUUGAGGAACAAGGCGGGCUUGAUGGCAAAUUACUCUCGGCCCGCCCCUGACCAGACGCUUCAGUGAACUAUCAUUCGCCGGGGGGCUGCAAAAGAUACUCUGUCGAUGGAAGGGCUGCUCGUGCGUAAUAUUCUAGCUAUGAGGCUUACGCCUUUUUAUUUGUAAAGAAAGCGCCUCCGCUCUCGCUUCACCCCGGCCAAGACAAAGCCGGCCAGAUUUGAGCCCAGUGGGGGCAGCUCGUUAGUAGCCUUUCGCAAAUUUCCAAUGAGGCAAGAAAUGCGUGCUCUCCGCGACUUAGGGAUCGCUGAGGCUCCUAGGCUGCGGUGCCUACGCUGGUGCCCAUGAAUUGAUGCGGAGCGGGGGAAUGGCUGGAGAAAUACCUUACUUCUUCACGGGGGGAUAAAGUUACUUCUUCAUGUAAGUAGAUGUGCUCGGGUGAAGCACCUUUCUUCUUUUUGUUCGAGGGUGUUUCGCUCUCCGUUGUCGAAUAAAAAACGAUGCUGGCCUCCUGAGGAGGCCACGAGCGAGGGACAGCCCACUGAGGAAUUUCUCCACGGAGGAGUUCAAAAAAAAUAAACUGGGCGCAUUUUUCUGGUCGAGAAGCCGUGAGGGGUCGCAGUCGUCCUCUCUGUCAGAGAGCGGAGGCGACUCCGCGGCCUGCAAAGCGAGGCAAAGCCGUUCUGCGUCUUGGUCUCUCCAAUGCCAGUUUGCCACGGUGCCAGCCUGAAAUGGGUUUGCGCAGGGUCCGAGGGCGGCACUUUGACAAGUUCCAAAAAACGCCGCGCAUUUAUUUUGUAGGCGCGCAGCGAAGAUUCGCGUUCUCCGGCUUUCACGAAAAACUGAAAGGAAGCUGGGUCGAGCGCCACUGCCCCGAUUUUGGGUUCCAAGGGGCCGGCCCUGCCUGGCGGGGCUCCAGCCGUGGCUCGACCGUGUGGGGACGCAUUCUGCGCCAGUGAUGUGGGCACGGUACUUGAAGCGUUGCAUGUGCCCUCCGCGCACCACAUUGCGAACUGCCAGCCCUUCGACACGAUUGCACUACGCACGCGCGCCAUGGCGCAUUGUCGUGCUUAUCUGUGUGCCUACCUGCUCGCGUUUUUGGUUGCACACCCGCCUGCCCCGACCUCUUCGAGGCGAUCUCAG